AUGAGAUGCUCCAAACGCAGUGAGCUGAGGAAGGCUGUCCCCGCUCAGAGCAAGGAUCUGAUUACCUCAAAGCCCGCCAACCUCGACCUCCACCUCCGCGGAGCUAAGGCGUCACGGCAGGUGCGUCCAGAAGUCGGGGUGGCAAGCGCAGGGACGCUUCACCCGGGAAAGUCGAGCUCCACCCCGCCGCCCACGCGUUCCCGACCCCAAGUGCCCGCGGAGGAAGUCGAUCCCGGCAGGGGUGCGGCGGCAGGGCUCCUGGCCCGACGGAAAGGGCAAGUUGACGCCUCUUUGGUCCCACGUCAUCUUUCUGCCACCGGGCGGACCGGCCUCCCGGGAGCCCGGCGUCACUGCUCUGCGCCGGAAGACGCCGUCUUGGUGUCUCCUUCCCUCAACGCCGACCUCUUUCUCGGCAGCCUGAGAUCCCGGGAGAUGAGCCGGAAGAGGCAGCGCCUGGUCCCGGACGCCUUUGGGCUGAAGAAGCGGCGGGAACGAGGGCGGGCAGAGGCAGGGCCUCUGAGGGGCGAGUUCGGGUCGGCGCGCGCGGCCGUCGCCGAGCUGGUGCAGCUGUUCCCGCGAGGCCUCUUCGAGGACGCGCUACCGCCCAUCGCGCUGAGGAGCCAGGUGUACAGCCUCGUGCCCGACCGGACGGCGGCCGACCGGCAGCUGAAGGAGCUUCAAGAGCAGGGGGAGAUCAGAAUCAUCCAGCUAGGCUUUGACUUGGACGCCCAUGGAAUUAUCUUCACUGAGGACUACAGGACCAGGGUCCUCAAGGCCUGCGAUGGCCGACCAUAUGCUAGGGCAGUGCAGAAGUUUCUGGCUUCGGUACUUCCAGCUUGUGGGGACCUUAGCUUCCAGCAAGACCAAAUGACACAGACCUUCGGCUUCAGGGACCCAGAGAUCACGCAGCUAGUGAAUGCUGGAGUCCUUACCGUCCGAGAUGCUGGGAGUUGGUGGCUGGCUGUGCCUGGAGCUGGGAGAUUCAUCAAAUAUUUUGUUAAAGGGCGCCAGGCUGUCCUUGGCAUGGUCCGGAAGGCCAAGUACCGGGAGCUACUCCUAUCAGAGCUCUUGGGCCGGCGGGCGCCUGCCGCAGUGCGACUUGGCCUCACCUACCACGUGCAUGACCUCAUUGGGGCCCAGCUGGUGGACUGUGUCUCCACCACUUCUGGAACUCUCCUCCGCCUGCCAGAGACGUGAGGAUUCUGCUUGUCAUUGCAUACCUCCCCAGAGUGGGGUGAGAGGGGCCCAGGAGUACUGCCCAGUGGUGGCCGAGGCAGGGUCACCUUGGGAAGGCGUGGGAGCCUGGAUAAGGAUUGGCCUUGCAUCUGCACAAAGGGUCAGACGUGACUGCUGCUGUUUACCUGGGCUCUGACCCAGUGGUGGGGUUUGGGCAAUGCUUCUCUGCCCUUCCAUGGAAGUGGAGCCAGGAGCCAUGCCAAGGCCAUGGCUGUGGCCUUUCUUGUAACAAAGUACUGCUGUCACUCUCUUGGGAUAGGAAGACGGGAUUUCUGGGGAGGCUGGUGAGGGAGGGCAGAGUUCUCUGUCCUACAUGUUGAGGUAAAACUGCCGAAUAAAGUACUUCUGCCUGUGCAAUUUC